AUGUCUUCCCCAGUAACAUCGCGUAUCGAAGAUACCUUCACCAGCAAACGUAUAACCGUCAAAACAACUCGCUCAUUUGACGAGGUAAUUACGCGCCUUCACAACUCUAUCGGCACCCUUGCCGAUGCUGCUUGGCCUUCUAUCACCGCAUACCUCGAAGGUCCUUCUCCCACAACAGAGGGCUUCGUCGCAACUGCGAAGCAAUUCAUUGGGCCGGAACUCUUCAUGCUAUUCUGGGAAAUUGAUCAUACUCUCUGGACACCGUUGUAUGGUAUUGCCCCGGGGCGAAGGAUUAAGAGAGUUGUUUUGGGAAACCCCAUGAGUGCAGCGACAGUGAUGGCGCAUGAGCCAAAAGCGGGACUUGCAGCACCUGCGGAGAUAUUGGUUCUCGAAGGAGAAAAUGGGGUAGAUACUGAAGUCAUUUUUCAGUUGUUUUCAAGUUUGGCCGCUGGUGUGGAGAAAAACGAGGAGUUGGUGAAGGCGAGUUUAAAUUUGGAUGAAAAGGUUCAGCAUUUGGUGGAUCACAUCACUGCAUGA